CUCCACCUCAAGGUCCUCGGACAGAUUACAAGGUUCUGAAACUUGCAAGUCAUGUGAGCACAUAAAGACCUAGCCAUUCCUCUAUCUCACUCUCUUGCUCGAAACAUAUUAGUAGAAAACAAGACAUGAAGAGAUUGAUGUUCAAGCUGGGAAUACUUUGUAUGUCCAUGAUGUUCUACGUGUGUCAAGCAACCAGCAAUCUCCACCCCGUGAUCUUAGUACCAGGAAAUGGUGGAAACCAACUAGAGGCCAGACUAACCCGUGGCUACAAGCCCUCGAGCCUGUUCUGCCAUUGGUACCCAAUCUUGAAGCAAAAGGGAGGUUGGUUCAGGCUAUGGUUUGACCCCGGGGUCCUGUUAGCACCAUUCACUCAAUGUUUUGCUGAUCGUAUGAUGCUCUUCUAUGAUAAAGAUACUGAUGAUUACCGUAAUGCUCCUGGGAUUGAAACCAGAGUGCUACAUUUUGGCUCCACUCAGUCCCUUCUCUACCUCGACCCCAGUCUCAAGCGAGCCACAGCAUACAUGGCUCCACUAGUGGAAUCUUUAGAAGAAAUUGGAUAUGUUAGUGGUGAAACACUAUUUGGAGCCCCAUAUGAUUUUCGGUAUGGCUUGGCUGCAGAAGGGCACCCUUCAAAGGUUGGUUCCAAGUUUUUGCUGGACUUGAAAGAUCUCGUAGAAAAAGCAAGCAGAGACAAUGGAGGGAAGCCAGUAAUUAUUGUCUCCCACAGUUUAGGAGGUCUCUUUGCGCUCCAGCUUCUCAACAAGAACCCCAUAUCUUGGCGUAAAAAAUAUAUCAAACACUUUGUUGCACUUUCUACUCCAUGGGGUGGUACAGUGGUGCAGAUGGUUACUUUUGCUUCAGGGUAUACACUAGGAGUGCCCUUUGUUGAUCCAUUGCUUGUAAGAGAAGAGCAAAGGACUUCAGAAAGCAACUCAUGGCUUUUGCCUAAUGCAAAAGUAUUUGGUGAAAGAAAACUUGUUAUCACGCCAGAUGCUACUUAUUCAGCCCAUGAAAUCACUCGAUUUCUUAAUGACAUUGGAUUUUCCAGAGGGGUUUAUCCUUAUACAACCCGGAUUUUGCCUUUAAUGGAGCAAUUGAUUGCCCCAGAGGUUCCUAUCACAUGUAUAAUCGGGAGUGAUGUUAGGACACCGGAGACCUUAUUCUACGGGGACAAUGGUUUUGAUGAGCAGCCGGAUGUUGUUUAUGGGGAUGGAGAUGGCACGGUAAACAUGGCAAGCCUACUGGCACUUGAGAAAUUGUGGGCUGAGGAGAAAAAUCAACCCCUCAAGGUAAUUAGAAUUGGUGGGAUUUCUCACACAACAAUUCUCCAAAAUGAUUCGGCACUUGCUGAAAUAACAGGAGAAAUUUAUAGUAUUAAUUCUCAUGUUAUCAGCUCAGUCUUGUAGAGAGUUUUAUUAUCAUGGAUAGAUGGAAAUUUAUUGCAUAGAUGAGUUUCCAGCAA